CAAUCGCAAAACGAUGAGAAAAAACAAAAACGGCCGAAACAAGGGAGCCGAGCCGGAGCCGGAGCCGGAGCCGGCAAAGUGGCAAUCACGUCCGGUGUGUCGGCUUUCGCCUUAACUAACCCCCCAAUGGGAUUCCACGUGUCCAUCCUAACCCCUUCCCUUGACGGCCGACUUCUCCGUCAACUUAUCCUCCCUUCUCUCCGUUUUUCUCCGUCAACCGAUAAAUUUAUAUUUCUAUAUCGUAAAAAACGCCGGUCAACUACCCUCUCUCUCUAAAAACCCUACCUUCCCCUCUCUCUCUACAACAAACUUUUGCCUUCUUUCUCUCUCUAUAAAUCUUUUAGAUCGGUGUUCUCGCCGGCCACCAGAUUUCUUAGGUUUCAGGAAAACACAUGGAAGACGACGAGGAAAGCCAGUCACAUCCGUCCGCAGGAUCUGGAUCUCCGGAUUCUCCGCGUUCUAAUCGCCGGAUAACCGUCACGGUGGCAUCCGCCGCGCCUCCGCAGAAUACGUUGACGUUAGCCCUACCGAUACAGCAGCCGAGGACCGUCGGCGGCGUUGGCGGUGGUGGGAGUGGUGGUGGUGGAGGAGGAGGUCGUGAGGAUUGUUGGAGCGAAGGUGCCACCGCUGUGUUGAUUGAUGCGUGGGGAGAGCGGUACCUGGAGCUGAGCAGGGGGAAUUUGAAGCAGAAACACUGGAAAGAGGUUGCGGAUAUAGUUAGUAGUCGGGAGGAUUAUAUGAAGGCUCCGAAAACAGAUAUUCAGUGCAAGAACCGGAUCGAUACGGUCAAGAAGAAGUAUAAGCUUGAGAAGGCGAAGAUUGCCUCCGGCGGUGGCCCUAGUACGUGGGGUUUUUACGAUCGGUUGGAUCAGCUUAUCGGCCCUACGGCUACUGGGAAGAGUGGUUCUUCAUCGUUGACUACUCCUCCGCCUUUAAGAGCUGUUCCGAUGGGGAUUCCGGUCGGGGUUAGAUCGGCACCUGUUCAAAGUCUAAGGCUAAAGCAGCAACAGGAGCGACAACAACAACUCCACUUGCAGCAGCAGCAACAACAGCAACUUCAACAGCAGCGUAAGCGGCUGCGACCCCCUCCUGCAUAUUCAGACUCAUCUGAAUCUGAACCAGAGCCGUCUCCGGACUCGCCUGAAUCAGAUUCCUACGAGCAGAAACGCCAUAGACUUCCAUUUAAUGCAAGUUCCACCGGUAGGCAGCAGCAGGAUCGGGGGCGAGGAGGAAGAGAGAAGAAUUGGGGAGAUUCCGUUAGAGAAUUGACUAAAGCGAUAAUGAAAUUUGGGGAAGCAUACGAACAGGCGGAGAGCUCGAAGCUGCAGCAGAUGGUGGAGAUGCAGAAGCAAAGCAUGAAAUUUGCGAAGGAGCUUGAAUUGCAAAGGAUGCAAUUCUUCAUGAAGACACAGCUAGAACUGUCGCAGCUGAAGCAUAGUAGGAGAGGUGUUGGGAACAAUAACAACAACCAUCACCAUAGUCAUAAUCAUAAUCAGAGUCUUAAUCAUCACAGUAGUAACCAUAAUAAUAUAAACAACAACAAUCAUAGUGAUGACAGCAAUAACUAAACUAGGGUGUUCUUAAGGUUUGGAUUCAGAAACAAUUGGCUUAUUAAUUAAAAAGGGUUAAUGAUGACCCUCUUUUAGGGUGUCUAGGGAGAUGUAUGUAAUUGGAUUUGCUUGUUUUAAUUUAGUAGUUCCCUGUUUUCCCAUCUAUGCCAAACGAUUUGAAGGUAUCAUUCAAUGCAUAAAUGAGAUUGGU